GCCUGUCAACCGUGCUGCCGGAGGAACACCGCGCGCCAUAACAACAAAACCGCUCUGCAAGCUCCGAUGGUGCAUCAUCAAGCCGGUCGUCGUACAGCAGCAGUUGUGAUUAAAUUAAACCAUUAAUAGAAAAUGGAUCCGCCGGUCGAUCUAAACGUGGUGAAGCAGGACAUCCUCGUUGGCAUGGUAGAGUGCGAGAAACGGUGCUUGAUGCAGUGCACCAAAUGGCUCGCCGAACUGAAUCACGGUCUGUCGGAGGUGACCGUCGAGCUGCGUGGAAAUACUGCGCUCCAAAACGUGCACGGUGGGAUAGAGGAUAGCGAGUACGAUAGCUACCUGCUGGCGAAAAGCUAUUUUCUCGUGCGUGAGUACGACCGAUCUGCCUACUUUACGCGGAACUGCGUUUCGCCGGUUCCAAAGUUUCUGCACCUGUACGCAACGUACAUGUCGAAGGAGAAGAAACGGUUGGAUAACAUGACGGACAGUUCGGUCGUUAGUUCGGUAAGCCACGCGAAAGAUUUUUCCGAACUGUUGAGCAUCUUGCGGACGGAGCAUAGCCAACAGUCGCUCGAUGGUUACUGUCUGUAUCUGUACGGCGUUAUACUGAAGAAGCUGGACCUAACCGACAUCGCGGUGCGAGUGUUUGUCGAAGCGAUCAACGCGGAGCCAACGCUCUGGAGUGCCUGGCUGGAGCUGGCACCGCUCGUGAACGAUAAGCGAAUGUUGGAAAGCUUGAAGCUACCGAAUCACUGGAUGAAGAGCAUAUUUGAAGGGUACACGUACAUCGAGCUUUUCCAGAACGACGAGGGUAUCAAAAUAUUUGAACAUCUGCAAAAGAAUGGUUUUAGCAAGUGCAUCUUCAUACCCACGCUGCUUGCGAUCGCCUAUUCGAACAAACGGGACGUCGACCGGUCGAUCGAUAUAUUCCAGCACCUUCAAAGCGUCGAUCCGUACCGGCUAGACAAUCUGGACUCGUACUCGAAUCUGCUGUUUGUGAAGGACAUGAAAACGGAAAUGUCCCAUCUGGCGCACAAGGUGGUGGAGAUCAACAAGUACAGCCCCGAGACGUGUUGCGUGGUGGGGAACUAUUACAGCAUACGAUCGGAUCACUACAAGGCGGUCAUGUACUUCCAACGUGCGCUCAAGCUGAACCCUCGCUAUCUUUCGGCCUGGACACUGAUGGGGCACGAGUUUAUGGAGAUGAAAAAUACCAACGCAGCUAUUCAAAGUUACCGCCAAGCGGUCGAGGUUAACAAAAGAGAUUUCCGCGCGUGGUACGGACUUGGACAGGCGUACGAAAUUCUCAAGAUGACAUUCUACAGCUUGUACUACUACAAAGCGGCCCAACAGCUGCGCCCGUACGACAGCCGUAUGCUGGUCGCCCUGGGUGAAACGUACGAAAAGCUCAACAAGGUCGCCGACGCGCUCAAGUGCUACCAGAAAGCGUACAACGUGGGCGACAUCGAGGGCGUAGCACUGUACAGCAUGGCAAAGCUGUACGAGAAGCAGGGCGAAACGGAGAAAGCCAUACCGGCGUUUCUGAAGUUCUGUUCCGAUGAGAAGCUGAUCGCGGACAAGGCAUCCCUGUGCCACGCGUACAUGACGCUGGGCAAUUAUUACGAAAAGAUCGAAGAUCUCGACAAGGCGUCCUACUUUGCGUACAAAUGCUUAGACUACGAGGAAAUGAAACGGGAGGCGGAAUCGUUACUGAAAAGCAUCGCCAACAAGCGUGCCCACACUAAGGCAACGACGUCCGCAACGGCAGCCACGCAACCACCCGGAACGGCCAAAGCUUCCGAGGAGGGCAAACCGGACGGUAAUGUCGCCACGGAUACGUACGGUGGCGAAGAUAUGGAGAUGGAUGAAACGAAUCUUUCGAAACGGAUCGACAGCGCACUGGCGGAGGAAGACCCGGGAAGCAACGAGAUGGCGGAAAGUUCCGGCAUCCAUGAGUUUCACAUGGAGGAUACGUACGAUGUGAACGAAUGAGGAAAUAAAUAUCUCACCUAUGUGCUUUGGUGGUCAUUCCAGUUGUUACAAAAAAAA